UUCAAAUCAAACGUCAAACAAAUGUCAAAACUGACUGUGAGAUUCGUGAAUUGUUUGUUUUUACGAAAAAACACAUUAGAAAGUGCAAGCAAACAAUGUACAUUUAUUAUUCGAAGUCAGAAUAAUGCGGAAAUAAUAGGUUUAUUCAAUCAAAUCAAAGAUCUCAGGAGUCAUUGUGGCAUUCAUCUUUUAAAGUGGUUAGCCUUGAAGUAGAUGUCAUCUAUUACGAUAAAUGAGUGCUUGUUUAUUUUACAUUUAGUGAUAUUAGUUGCGAAUUCACGUUUAUAUGGCUUUGAUGGUUAACUUAUGUUUUGCGGCAAAUCGGAAGAGGCAUGUUUUUCCCACGGAAUCGGGAGAAGGGAGUAGGCUUAGUCGUCGUGAGUUGGAUCUGCCUGGCAGUGCUGUGCGCCGCGUCCUCGGCGCCCUGCGACAAGACGCGCAGGGUCUUCACCGAGCCCAGCGGCGUCAUUACCGACGGACCCACCGACUCGAACUACACUCAAGACUCCCAUUGUGAAUGGCUUAUCAAGGCAGCUAAUAAAAGUCAGUUCAUAACAUUGAGUUUCCUGCGUAUGGGCACAGAAUGUUCUUAUGACUAUGUCUUUGUGUAUGACGGAGACUCAUUUGACGCACCAUUACUUGGAAGCUUUAGUGGAAAAACUGAACCUCAAAAUGUGACUGCCUCGAGUGGAUAUAUGUUAAUAUUGCUCUAUAGCGACACCAACUAUGUUCUUGACGGUUUCCGAGCAACAUACGCCAUACAUGACUGCCCCAACAACUGCACCGGCCACGGGUUGUGUGUGCAGCACAAGUGCUUUUGUUUUGGUACUCGCGGAGGGCAGGACUGCAGCUUGCAGCUCUGUCCUAAUCAAUGCUCAAAUAAUGGACAGUGCAAAGGAGAUAGGUGCUUAUGCAAGAAAGGUUUUUCCGGCGAGUCGUGUUCCUUGAAGAAGCACGACAAGGCCGGCAACAGUUGGCACUGGCUGUCUCGCUCGGAGAGUGGCAUGACGCGCCGCGCGGCUCACUCCGCUGUUUACGUCAACCACACGGACUCUCUAUACGUAUUUGGGGGAUAUGAUCUGAAUAAAGUUUUAGGCUUAUUAGAAGUUUAUAAGUUCUCAACUAGUCAAUGGUAUGAUGAAAAUGGAAAAGUAUUACGUAGAUAUCCUACAAAUGAGGAAAUAGAUCAGUCAUUUUUAACUCUUUUUACAAAGGGCAAUACAGAUGGCAGCUGGCAGAUAGGCAAUAGGAGUUCAUUAUUUAAUUUACUUUUAUCCUCGGUAUCACACCAUGACAAAACAACGUUACCUCUUAUGUAUUCUCAUUCACCAACACCUUAUUCCGAAAGUUAUUUGCAUUUUACUGACAAGCCGGACUUCUCGAAUGCUAUUAUGAAGUCUAAUGACACAAAACCCGAGCCGAGAUACGGGCACUCUGCCUGCGCUUUUUCUACUGGUUUUGUUUUGUAUGGAGGGAAGCUAUCAGAUGGUAGUUUGUCUUCGGAGCUAUGGCUGUUUGACGCUGAGAUUAAUAGAUGGACGCUGAGAGCUGCGAAUUCUUCAUUCUUGCCUCCUGGACUAACUAGACAUACUCUAACAGCUGUUAAGGAUGAACUUUAUCUUUUCGGAGGUAGUACGGUAGAUGGAGAAUUUUCUUCAAACAUGUAUAAGAUAAAACUAAGCGAGCCAAAUACGGAGAGUUGGGAGAAGGUGCAGGUCCGCGGCGGCAAGGAGUUAGACGUGCGAGUAGUCGCGCACACUGCCGUGUAUCAUUCGUACUCGAACUCCAUCUUAGUGUAUGGAGGUGUAGUCGCUAGUGUGGCGCGAUUUUCAAAACUGACCGAUAGAAUGUUUGCAUUUGAUAUUGACAAUCGUCAUUGGAGCGAAAUACACUAUCCUAGGGCGCAUUUAAGAGACACAUACGUACCGAGAGAACGAGCAUUUCACACAUCGACAAUAAUCGGAAAUUACCUGGUAGUCUUCGGUGGUUACUCACAUCGGCACAACAAAGAGGAAAUUUGCUACGAUGGUCAAAUGUACUUGUACCACCUGGGCUGCCAUGCUUGGAUCCCGCUUGAAGUAUUGGGCAGUCAUCGCGAGUUCUACCCUAAACGGCAGGGUGUAUUUGCACAUGCAGCGGCUUUGAAACAUCCUUCAACGUUACUCAUCGCUGGAGGAUAUCAUGGAAAUGUCAAUGGUGAUCUGCUAGCAUACGUGGUGCCCAGCUGGCAGGCGGGCAUCAGCAACAACGACCCCGAGUCAGCGUGCCCUCGGCAUCAGAGUCAGCCGGAGUGCCUCGCGGACCCCGAGUGUGGCUGGUGCUCUGCAGAUGAUACUUGCUACGGCAGAACGAUCGGCUCAAACUGCACAACCAACUUACAAUCCAUCCGCUGCGGCGGCAUCUGCCCAGCGCUGGGCGAGUGCCACUCGUGCCUCAUCCACGGCCCGCCCCCCGGCCGCGCCGGCGCGCGGGCCCCGCUGCCGUCCGUCAGCACCAAGCUGGGCCUGCACCAGUGCAGCUGGUGUGUGCAGAACGCGCGCUGCCACCACAAGGACGAUAACUACGGUGUUUGUGGCGAGGACACGCCUUCCCAAAACCCAGGCUGGUGGGGCACCACCGGCACCGAAGUGACGACACCAGAGGAAUGCAAAGAUUUAGACAAACGACCCGGUCUCACGUUCCUGCGAUACCAGCAGCCGGCAGACUGGAACCAUCCCGACGGGGUGUCGGUCGUCAACGCUACUACCGUCGACUGGGCUACUGGUGGAGGGAGCAAUCAUAUCUUUACCGGAUCAAGCGAAGCGCGGCUGAGAGGUUGGCUUCGCAUUCCUCAGCACUGGAACGGAACAGGAGAGACCCUUCAUGUAUGCGCCGGCUAUUCGAACAUAUCGCUCGCGCUCGGAUCCAAGACAGAAUCUAUAGCCAACUUAACGGCCCAGCCGUCAGCCUGCUCGAUCGUCGACUGGCCGUCGCUUUUUCCAGGCAGACUCGCCGUCGACAUGCACGCCAACGAUACGUUACAUACGGGAUUGUAUCCCUCUCAUCAUCAUGCGAAGAUGGAACUGCUACAUAAUAAAACGACGGAAACUGCUAAGGUAUUCACAUUCGAGUUCCUGGAGCCGUACUCGGACGGGCAGUGCCAGAACUACGACAACUGCCUGCUGUGCCUGGCCGACGCGGCGUGCGGCUGGUGCGAGCUCACCGACAAGUGCGAGCCGCGCGCCGCCGACGAGCGCGCCGUCUGCGCCGCCGACCACGGCGCCUGGCGCUACCUCACCCUGCAACCCUCCGCCUGCCCCAACUGCUCCAACUACAUCAGCUGCGAGCGCUGCGUGGCCGGCAACUACUGCGAGUGGUGGGCGGACGAGGCGCGCUGCGCCCGCCGCGGCCGCGCGGGCGGCGCCGUGGUGGAGGCCAGCGAGUGCCCCGCGCCCUGCCGCACCCGCCUCGACUGCGAGCACUGCCUCGACGAGCGCGGCCGCUGCGUCUGGUGCGAGGCCACGCGCCAGUGCUUCAGCUUCAGCGUCUACACCAGCGAGUACCAGUUCGGUCUGUGUCGCGAGUGGCUCGACCGCGCGUCGUCCGCGCCCGCCGCCGACGAGGCCGUGCGCAAAGCCGGCCAGUGCAAGUCCUGCCAGGCGCACACGCAGUGCUCCACCUGUCUCCGGUCCAUGGGUUGUGGCUGGUGCCACUCGCACGAGAACCCGAUCACGGGCGCGUGCACGGAGGGCGACUUCACGCGCGCGCACGCCGACUGCGCGUCGCUGCUCAACGUGUCGGCCGCCGACGCCGGCUGGGCCUACGCGCAGUGCCCCGACGUGGACGAGUGCGGCCUCAAGCUGCACGACUGCCACGAGCACGCCGUCUGCAACAACACGCACGGCUCCUACACCUGCAAGUGCAAGCAGGGCUACAGCGGCGACGGUCGCAAGAGCUGCGUGCAGACCUGCUACAACAACUGCAUCCACGGGUACUGUCUAGGGGCGCCGCACUACAAAUGCCACUGCGAUUUAGGUUGGACGGGCGCCGAUUGCUCCAUUAACUGCGGUUGCCACAAUCAUUCUACUUGCCGCACUGGCGUCGGCCGCUGCGACGAGUGCCAGGACUGGACGGAGGGGAAGUUCUGCGAGUCGUGCAAGCCCGGCAGCCACGGCAACGCCACCACGGGCCAGGGCUGCCGCCGCUGCGACUGCAACGACCACGGCGACGAGAUGCGCGGCUUCUGCGACGUCGCCACCGGCGAGUGCAUAUGCAAGGACAACACUGAAGGACAGAACUGCGAGCGCUGCAAACCAAAGUUUUAUGGCGAUCCCCGGCACGGCGGAAAAUGCUAUUAUCAAUGCGAGCCCAGGGGAAUGCUCAACGCAUCACAGACUGAGGGCAUAGGUUCGUAUAAAAGCGACCCGGACAUUAAGAUCAUAGGCCCUUCGAAAGAAUGUCUAUGGAUUAUAUCUGCUGGAGAUAUAAAAGAUGCCAUAAUUCAGUUUACUAUCAAUUCUUCCACUCUCAAUGUACCUUGUGAUGAAAACGCGGUAUACGUGUACGAUGGGCUUGGAGGUGUGCCGGACAUGAGCAAUAAUCAGCAAAGCCAGCUGUUGGGAGUAUUUUGCAACGGGGCAUCGUCUGGCAUCGUGGAAGCGCGCAGCGGGAAUCUAACGGUCCAUUACAAACAGGGACAAGUUGAGCAAGGAUUUGAAGGCGUCUACAAAUCGUUAGCAUGCGGUCUCUACUGCCCGUGGCCAAGAGUGUGCACCAAGGGUCACUGCGUCUGUCGCGAAGGUUUCGGUGGGCCGGAUUGUGAAGUGGACAUUUGUCGCAACAACUGCAGCAUAGCCCACGACGCCGGAACAUGUGAUCCCAGCUACGGCCGCUGCCUGUGUAACGAAGGUUACGGCAGCAACGACUGUUCUAUUAAACUCGAUAAGACUCAACUCGUGUUCACGGAACUUUUCAAUUCUGAAUACUUGUCCGACGGAUUAGAUCAUCUUAGAAAGACUUUGCCCAGAUUCGGGCACAGUUUAGUAGCAGAUAGACGAGGGCUCUGGAUGUUCGGAGGGUACUCGCUGUCGCACGGGCCGCUGAACGAUAUCAGAUUUUUUGACACAAAGAAUAACACUUGGAUGCAAGUUACCGUUGAGGCUACUCCCGACGCUAAAAUGCCCGAAGGUCGUUACUUCCAUGCAUCAGAAAUUUAUCACUCAAAACAGAACAUUUACAUCUACGGUGGACUCAGUUUACAGGAGAAGAACGGUCAGAAUAAGACACUAGGAGAUUUCUGGCAGUUCAGCCUAAAAGACCAGAGAUGGAAUAUAAUUAACAACAAAGAGAAACAACCGCCUCCCCUCGCAGGCCACACUUUGACGCUUCAGAAGUACCAAGAUUACGAGAGUCUAGUGCUUAUUGGUGGAUUUUCUUUAGAGGAGGGUAUGAUGGCCGACAUCUGGGAAUUCGACCUUGACAAUGAUAAGUGGAUAAAAUUAAAUUGCGGGGGUUCUAAGCCGGCCGGUAUCAUAGGGCACAGCACAGUGUAUCACGCGCCGUCACAGAGCUUGUACGUUUACGGGGGGAUAUUGUAUUCUUACAAUGGAACGUCGCUUUCUAACAAAUUGUUUGCGCUUCACUACCCGACUAAGAAGUGGAGCGAGCUGCCUAACUUCCCCCGGCGCAACCAUUACCACGACCUGCCUCGGCCUGCGUACCUGCACUCGGCUGUGACAACCAACGAGUACAUGGUCGUGUUUGGCGGUCGCAGCGACCCUGACCAUAGGUCUGACUCCCUCAUCGCCUACAUCUAUAGUUGCAACCAGUGGGUCAGACUUGUCAAAGGUAUCAGUAUAGUCGGCCACCCACCACCGCCGACCAUAGCCCACGCGAUGGCCAUCGAUAUGGAGUCGGAAAACGACGGCUACAUCUACAUCAUCGGCGGCUGGACCGGCAGCGCGCACUGCCAAGUCACCCGCAUAUCCCUCCCCGAAGACCUCUGCUCUCUCUGGAGCGCUAGCAAGCUGGAAUGUCGAAGCCAGAUGGGCUGUAGUUUUUGCAGCUCUGGAAACUACACUAAAUGCUUCUCUGUGAACAAACCUGGGUGUGAGAGCGGUGAUAGGGUGUCGACUAAUUCUGGGGAAGCAUGCGAUAUGGAGCUUGUUGCAAGGCGCGCUUGCGAAAACUUUACUACUUGCGCGUCCUGCCUUGCUGCUUGGCCGUUGUAUCCUGAAGAGAAACCGGCCUGCCGUUGGUGUGAAUCCUGUGCCGCUGCUGUUGGUGAAUGCGUUCCUACGGACGAGUCAUGCACCAGUAUAAAAUGCAAUGCUGGAACCACCUACAUCAGUGAUGUCGGCCAGUGUCCGGAGCACAGAUGCGUCGCGUCCGACUGCGAGAAAUGUGUCAACAAUCAGUGCACAUGGACGCGCCAUGCUAGCAGAGAAGGACAAAUGACAAGAAUUUCAGAGGAACCAACAGAGCUCUUCAACUGGACUUGCGCCGCAAUAGAAGAGCAAGGUCGCACCAGCAUCCGUCCAAGAACUAGAGAAGAAUGUCCCAGCCGUUGCCAUACAUAUACGGACUGCCAAACGUGUCUGAGCUCCGACGGUGCUGAAGGAGGCUUCGCGGAAUGCCACUGGGCGACAUACUUGGGGAAAUGCAUCUCGCCAGCCUUUCAACCGGUUUACUGCGCGGGCGGCGUCUGCGGGCUCGUUCUAACCAAAGCCGAUAAAAACAAAUGUCCAGCGCCUUGCGAUACAUUCGAACAGUGCACGGAAUGUCUCCACCAUUCGCACUGCGGUUGGUGUGCGAUAGAGGGCGCCAACGGCGAAGGGGUGUGCGCGGAGGGCUCGAUCGACUCGCCGCUGGAGUACUCGACGCGGACCACGUGCGCGGCGGUCUACAUGAGUGCGCAUCAGAUGAACGAAACCGUCGACACGUUCUCCUGGCACUACACGCGUUGUCCGCCGGAAAAUGAGUGUGAGAAUAACCAUCACCAGUGUAAAGCAGAUUCUGAGGUGUGCCGCGAUCUCCCAGCGGGCUACGUGUGCGAGUGCGGCGCGGGCCACAAGCGCGGCCCCGACGGCUGCACGGCGGUGUGCGCGCAGGGCUGCGUGCGCGGCGCCUGCGUGCAGCCCGACGUGUGCCGCUGCGACUUCGGCUACGUCGGCGCCAACUGCACCAUCCAAUGCCAGUGCAACGGCCACGCGCACUGCGAGGGGCCCGACAAGCUCGACAAGUGUAUCGAGUGCCACAACAACACCAUGGGUAACCAAUGCGAGAAAUGCAAGCCGAACUUCGUGGGCGACCCGACCGACAACGGGCAGUGUAUCCCUUGCUCGGUGUACUGCCACGGCCACACCAGCAUCUGCACGAGCGAGGAGCGGGACCCCGGCGACCUGGACGAGUACUACCAGAGUGCGAAGGCGCGCUGUGUGCGGUGCGCGAAUAAUACGGAUGGGCCGCGCUGCGAACGCUGUAUAGAGGGAUAUUUUAGAGGAUCGGAGAACCUUAGCGAUCCUUGUCGACCUUGCGAAUGCCACGGUCACGGCGACACUUGCGACCCAGUAACAGGCGAGAAAUGCAACUGCGGUAACAACACGGAGAGCGACGCGUCCUGCCAGACCGCCAGCUCCAGCAAGAACUCGGCGCAGGAGUGCUGGCGCUACCAGUGCGUCAAGUGCCGCGACCUGUACAUGGGCGACCCGCGCAACGGACACCAGUGCUACAAGACCAUCAACAUAGAGAACAAGCUGUGCUUCGACGGCAAGUCCAUCGAUGAAUGCAAGAUUAAGCCGCGUCCGCUAUACCCCGGCCAGACGGUAUUCGUAGCUGUAAAUCCAAGAUACAUGAACGUAGACAUACGAGUGGUCGUGGACGUAACGCAGGGCGCCGUCGACCUCUACCUGAGCCCCAACGACAGUUCCUUCGUCGUGUCCGUGAACGGCACGCACGGCGCACACGUCGUCGAGAUCGACCCGGCGUAUUACAAACACGAGCCGUACCGGAAAAUGCCGACGUUUGACGACAACGUUGAAGAAUCGCCGCGCAUGACCUGGCAUUAUGAGAAGACAGAAUAUACGCUUGCGGAUUACAAGGCGAAGGAUCUUGCAACUUACAUAACUGUUGAUAAGAAGAAUAUCUUAUUGCGCGUGCGUGAGCUCCGCAACCGCCUUGUCUUGACCCUGCCUGAAAAAUUCCACGAGCUUGGCCAUACUAAAUUCUACAUGAUUAUCCGCGCGCGGCACUCUGAGGAUGGCGCUGCUAGCUUCGGACUGGUGUUCUUCAGACAAGACCAACUGCACAUCGAUCUGUUCGUGUUUUUCUCGGUGUUCUUUUCGUGCUUCUUUUUGUUCCUGGCGGCAUGCGUGGUCGCGUGGAAGGCGAAGCAGGCCGCGGACGUGCGGCGGGCGAGGAGGCGACAUGUUGUUGAGAUGCUGCACAUGGCGAAGCGUCCGUUUGCGGCGGUGACGGUGGUGCUGCACGGCGCGGGCCCGGGCGCGGGCAAGCGGCGGCGCGCGCCCGACCUGCGCCCCGUCGCCAUCGAGCCCACCGGCGACGGCCGCGCCGCCGUCACCUCCGUGCUCGUCAGGUUGCCGGGCGGGGCGCGCGCGCCGGUGCGCCUGGCGCUGGCGUCGUCGCUGGUGCUGGUGGCGCGCGCGCCGCCGCUGCGCGCGCGCCGCCGGGCGCCGCCGCCGCGCCACACCUAGCCCUGGCCCGCGCGCCCGUACGUCUCCACCCUGUAGGCGUGCGGCCCCAGCGUGUCCGAGUAUGUUGGCUCGGCGGUGCGACCGGGCAAGGUCCUGUCCGUACCCAGGUAUCGAAAGGGGAAUGGAAUUUCAGAGUAUGGACAAAAGGUUCUGUGCUCGAAUCUCUCUGAUCAUACUAUGAUUUAGGACGUUGUGACCUAAACUAACGAUGUGAUACGUAAACCUAUAGCUGUAGCCGUGCCAGGCGAGCGGUCAUACGGUACACCUAGCGGCGCUUAGAUCUGAACCGUACGUGCGUUUUCAUAGCAGUGCGGUCCUCUACCUCUAAGAUCCUCCGAGAGUACACGAGUCGAUACAAUGGAAUGGACCUUAAAUUGGUAAUUAUUAAUACAAACGACACGGUUGAACAAUAAAUGAGCACCGACUGUCGUGUGAUGAGAUCGAUGUAUGGUAGCUCCGACUCGGUGUCUUCGAUGCGUCGCUUCGUCGAAGUUCCUGACUGUUGAAUAUAAACUAAAUACCAUUUAUUUUUAAAUCGAUGUAGAAUAUUAUUAAGGCGCGGUUUGUAUCUGGUAAUAAGUAGGAGCUAAACACUAUUCUGUAAUAUUAAGCGUUAAUAAAUCGGUUUCCUCGUAAUGGAAAUUUCGCAAUUAAUAUGUGUAAUUUAAAUCUGUUAUUUAUUUACAAAAAUACGUGAUAUUAAUUAUGUUGUAAUAGGAACGCAGGUAGAAUGUAGGCGAUAAAACUAACAUUUAAUGUUUAUCAUUUGUUUCAUAGAGAUAAGAAUCUCACCACUUAUAGACAUGGAAUCGGCUUGAUUUGAUUACGUUUGCACCCAUUGAAUAUCGUAAAUUUCAUGGAUUACGUAAAAAAAUGCCAUUGCACAUGUAUUGAAGUCGAAGGCGUCGUCGGCACCAGAAUAAUGUGAUCAGAAAUUCAGCAUGAAAAAUUUUACCUUUGCCUACUAAUGCUCUUGGUAGACGAUUUUUACUGUACCAACUUACUUCGACAAAGGAAGCAAGAAAAUGACGUUUACAGCUCUUAUGCCAUGUCAUAAUGCUCUUUUUGUACAGCUUAAUGCGUGAUUCCUUGUCGAUAAGUGUGGUGAGACCCUAACGUUGGCGGGUUUAUCUGCUAUCAGGAGACGAAGUAUUGUUCGAUCCUCGCCAUACACGGCCAUGUUGAAAAGUGUACGUUUUUAGACGUUUAUAUUUUGUUUAGACGCGGUGUUGUUAUUUUAUUUUUCUGUAUAUUUACUUUGAUAGAAAAGCUAUAAGGUCUUUAAUUAAAUAUACGACAUUUGUUUCAUAUUUAUCGGUGGUUACAAUCCUAUUUUACCUACCUAAAUAAAGAAGUUAUUUUAUUUGAGUAAUCAGUAAAGAGCCAAAGGAAUCAAAAUUCGCGCGCAUGUGGAAUGCGGGUUGAGUCUAGGUAGCAAUGGUAGCUUAUAUUGAAACCUAAUUGAGUGCACUGACACUAACGUAUGCAUCUAAAGCGGGAUGAUACGACACGCUACGGUUAGUAUGGACGCAUUUUUUCAUGCCACGAUGCUAGUGAUACGGCAUGUCCAAAGUGAAUGUCCAUACUUAGGAUACGCGUGCCCGAUACUCGAUUCGAUCCGCAUGAUCGUGAUCGGCAAAAUGAUACAAGUGUGGACCUAGCUUAAUGCAAUCGCCGCCUGGACCGCAUUAGAGCAGGGCUAUAACCGCGAAAAUCGAAGUUCGUCAAUUGCGGGCAUUUUCUCUGUCACUCUAAUUACAUCUUAGUGAGAGUAAAAGAGAAAGAUCCCCGCAAUUUGCGAAUUUCGGUUUUCACGGUAGGCCCCCUGCACUCCUACUGGCAGCUGGUUUGAAACUUUCUUAUGAUUUGUUUUACUUUACGUAAUUAUACUUUACGUUAUUUAGGUAAUUAUACCGAGUGGGUCCUGUUACAGUACCAAAAUGUUUAAACGAAUGGGUCAUUACACCCCUUACCCUAUUUUCACUAACUUUUUAAAUUCUUCAAUGGGUUAAAAGUUACGACAAACAAAUUUUGCCAAAAAUAUCGUAUCUCGUUUGUGAUUAAACGGUUGGUUCACUGGGAACUAAAUUAUAGCCGUUUGUGUUUUCACUUUUUCUUAACUGUAACGUUUUCAAGUAAUACAUUUGUAAUACCAAUAUAUGUAUAUAGGCUAACCAUAAAUUGUAGCAGCUCAAAAGAAAAUGUGUUGGAUAUAAAAAUAUUUCCUUAAUUAAUAUUUAGUCACCGAGGUUUGGAAUCUCCCGUUUUCCGUAUUGCUCAUUUGUAACAAUCAGUAUUGUAUAAAUGAAUUGAUCAAUUAACGAUGAGUAGGUAAAAUGUGUUAAGUAAAGAUAUAAUUUUAAGAUUUAAUAAAUUGUUUAUUAUCUAAGAGAGUACUGAUACUGUUAUAGCUAUUUUAUUAAGUUUUUAAUAAUUUAUCCUUGUCAGGGGUAAAAGUCCAAAUUACAUUCCAUUUAUGUGUACAUACCUUAUCUUAUAUUUUUUUAAAUAUGUAUCUUUUAAGAUCAGGUAUCUAAGAGCUUUAAGGAUUUUACGUAGGGUGCUCAUUAUUUCAAUUAAUUCUAGUAACAAUUGUUAACAUUCCUGAUUGCAUUUAUGUUACAAAACAUUAAUUUCCAUUAAUUAAUCUACUCAUGUGGCUUUCAGUUUCGCAGUUUAUAAAUUAUGUUUUUGAAGGAUUGAUUAAUUUAUGCUGAAAUACUAAUUCUUAUGUACCUAAUAUGUGUGAUGCACCCAACAGAAUUUUAUUCUUUGGGGUCAUCCAUUAAUUACAUCACACGUUUAGGGGGAGGGAGGGGGUCAAGAAAAUGUGACAUUUUGUGACAAGGGGGAAGGGGGAGUCAUAAACUUUGUGACGUCACUUUAACUUCAUCAGUAAUCGUAGAUUUAUUUUAGUUUUUUUUCAGUCGCUGUACAGAUAAAUAGCGAGUUUUUGGUACGAUAAUCAUUUUAUACGUUUAAUUUUCUUUCCUAAACGGUUUUUUAUAAUUACCAAUAUUUCUUUUGUCAAAAAUAUUUUGAUAAAGUAUUAAUGGUAAAUAAUUCGGUUCGCCGAUUUCGUUGAAAUUUUUUUUGCCAAAAAUGUGACGUAAUUAAUGGAUGACCCCUUUUUUGAGUUUGUUAUUUGAAAUAAUAUUUAACUAUUAAUCCUUUUUUGUGAGUAGUCAAUAAAAUCAAUGUAAAUCUUUUUUAUUUCCUUGAAUUUAACACUUGCACAAAAAAAAGUCGUUUUCUCUGAGUGUUGUUCACCACAUUAUCAUGACCGGACGGGUAAUUUGCUUUAUACAGUGUAUUCCUAUCUUAAAGGCCGGCAACGCGCUUGCAACCCGCCUGGUGUUGCGGGUGUCCAUGAGCGACAAUAGUUGCUUACUAUCCGGCGAUUCGUCUGCUCGUUUUUUUAGCAUUAGAAAAAAGAUAAACAAUUUUGACAUGUCUUUUUUUUAAUAACGCUUUUUUUAAUCUGUAAAAAAACUUAUGAAAGCAAAACAAUGUAAAUGAUGGUAUAAGAUUAAAAACGUUUACAUAAUUGCCGUGACUUAUAUCUUAAGUGUUUUUCAAUAAAAAGCACGACAAAUUUUCUUUCUAAUGCUCAAUCUUUUGCAUUAAAAAGAAGGUAAGCGAUUUUGUCUUAGGCUUUUAAAAAAACGAACUAUAAUGAAGUGGACGAAACUUGUUGAAUAAUGACCGAAUAGUGGAAACAAGAGUUUUAUUCCUGUGUGACAAAAUUAUUCUCGAACUAUAAGAUGCAUAAUAAUUUACUUGCUCAAAUAUAUUUUUUGAUGUAACCUGUACCAUAUUAAUGUACAUACUAAUAUCGCUCAGUGAGUAUUGUACUAAUACAUAUUUAUAUUAUGAUUAUGUAUCUGUUAUGUCUACAUUUCUGCAGUUUAAAUUGUAAGGAGUUGUAAAUAUUGUGGUGGUGCAUGGAAAUCAAAUUCAUAGUUAGGUGUGAUGAGUUAUGCAGUUUGAAAAACAUUCUGUUUGUAAAUAUGUGACCACAAAGUGGGACGUUUUACUGGAUUCGGUCACAUAUAAACAUAUUAUAUUUAUGAAAUUGCAUUUCUAUAAAUUGGCCAAAGUACAGUUGCCAUUAUAAUAAACUAAACUUAUGCCGUUAAUGAACGAAAUAUUAACAAAACGUCGAGGAACAAAAAGUAUGUUUGGUUGGACAAACACGUUUUUUUUUCUCAAUUAAGGGUAUAAGUAAAUAUUAAAAGUGCAUGAUCUGUAUGUAUCAAAAUACAUACAGAUUAUGAUGCAGUAAAUGAAUACAUAUUUCAAUUGUUUUACUUUAACCCUAAUAACUAGGCAUCGGAGAUUUUAUCGCAUGGUAAGACUAAUAGUGAGCUAAUGGAGUCGACAUUAGCAAUAAAAUUCAACUCAUAUUCAUUCACUUAUUUAAUUAGUGAUUUUAAUUUUACAAGGACAAGAAUGUUUGUAAACGAUCCUUUAAUUUUGUCUUUCAGGACGUAAAUAUUACUAAUAAAAAAUUAUGACCAUUUUUAUGUAUUGAUUAAUUUUUCAUUCAUAUUAUUUUUACCUCUUUUAAUAUACAUAUUGUUUAUUAUUAAUGAAAUUUCGUAAUAUAAUCAAUACAAAAAGUAGUCAUUAUUCUUAUUUGUAAUAUUUAUAUAUUCAAAGACAAAAUUAAAGUAUAGUAUAUAACUCGUCAAAGUUCUAGUUCUUGGUUAUAAAAUUAAAAUCACUUAUUAAAUAGAUGGAUGAGUAUGAAUGUGAGUUGAAAUGUUUGCUAAUGUAGACUCCAUAGCUCGCUAUUAGCCUUACCAUGCGAUAAAAUCUGCGAUGCCUACUAAUAACCAUCAGCCACUCAUACCUAUCAGCACCUAUGCAUAAUUUCACAUGCCACUUUUUUAAGUCAGGGUUGUCAACUGCCAUGUUAUGAUGUUUGUUUUUAAUGUGCAAUGUAAUCUCAAUUUAUGUACAGCCUUAUAUAUUUAUCUAGUGUUGUCAACCAUAUUGCAGUUUUAACAAUGGUAUUGCACAAGUCCAUGACAGCAAUUGUAAAUGGCAAUACUUUCAUGACAUAUAUGAAUCUAAUAGCAGUAUUAUGUGUAAGCAAUAUUAUAUGUAUAUUUUUGUUUAAUCUCAUGGUAUAAAUGUUUAUUAAUAAAAUAUACUGUUGGUUGUAGAAA